AUGGCGCCGCUUCCCAUCAAGUUCACGGAGCAAUUGAACCUCACAUCCGCCGGUAUCCUGCCCGCGUCCAUUGGCUUCAAUUCCUGCACACUCGAAUCCGACCACUUCGUCUGCGUGCGCCAAAAGGUCGACGAGAACGCGAACCCGGAAGUUAUCAUAAUAAACCUCAAGAAUGGAAACAGCGUCAUGCGCCGGCCUAUUAAGGCUGACAGCGCCAUCAUGCACUACAACAAGGAGAUCAUCGCGCUGAAGGCUGGGGGCAAGACCCUGCAAAUAUUCGACCUGGCGCAGAAGAGCAAGAUCAAGAGCGCGACAUUAGCUGAGGAUGUUGUCUUUUGGAAGUGGUUCAACGAUUCCAGCUUGGGACUGGUUACGGACACCGGUGUGUAUCAUUGGAACAUCUUUGACCCAUCUCAAGUCUCGCCGCAGAAGAUGUUUGAUCGAAAUCAGAAUCUCAGCGGCUGCCAGAUCAUCAACUACCGCGUCAGCGAGGACGAGAAGUGGAUGGUUGUGGUAGGAAUCUCGCAGCAGCAGGGCCGUGUGGUUGGCGCUAUGCAGCUUUAUUCCAGGGACCGAGGCAUUAGUCAAGCGAUUGAGGGUCAUGCUGCUGCGUUUGGCACUCUUCGACUGGAAGAUGCCCCCGCCGACACCAAGCUCUUUACCUUCGCAAACCGCUCUGCGACUGGUGCAAAGCUCCACAUUGUCGAGGUGGACCACCAAGCACCCAACCCAACAUUUCAGAAGAAGGCCGUGGAUAUCUACUUCCCUGCCGAGGCAACCAAUGACUUCCCAGUAGCCAUGCAAGUCUCGUCGAAGUACAAGGUCAUCUACCUGGUGACCAAGUACGGUUUCAUCCACCUCUACGAUCUCGAGACCGCUACGAGCAUUUUCAUGAACCGCAUAUCGAGCGACACCAUCUUCACCACUGCGGGCGAUGAGGAUGGCACAGGAAUCAUUGGCGUGAAUAGAAAGGGUCAAGUGCUCUCUGUGAGCGUAGACGAGAGCACCAUAAUACCAUACCUGCUGCAGAACCCAGAGAAUGCGGAGCUUGCAUACAAAUUGGCGUCAAGAGCUGGUCUUCCUGGCGCCGAUCAGCUGUACCAACAGCGGUUCGAUCAGCUCCUGUCAAUGGGUGACUACCAGCAAGCAGCCAAGACCGCUGCCAACUCUCCUCAGGGCUUCCUCCGUACGCCGCAGACGAUAGAAAAGUUCAAGUCUGUACCUCAGCAGCAAGGUCAGCUGUCUGUAAUUCUUCAAUAUUUCGGCAUGCUUUUGGACAAGGGCAAGCUGAACCAGCACGAGACCUUGGAGCUUGCGCGACCUGUCCUACAGCAAAACCGCAAGCACUUGCUUGAGAAGUGGAUGAAAGAGGGCAAGCUGGGUUGCUCCGAGCAGCUCGGUGAUCUGGUACGACUGCAUGAUGUUGCUCUUGCGCAGCAGAUCUACCAGGAGGCUGGCGCAUCCCAGAAGGUGAUUGCGGCCAUGGCAGAGUCGGGCAAUUUCGACCAGAUCCUGCCAUACUCUCGCCAAGCUGGCUACACGCCUGACUUCAACGCUCUCCUUCAGCACAUUACACGGGUAAAUCCUGAGAAGGGCGCUGAGUUUGCCACGAGCCUUGCCAAGGAAGAUGCCAGCCUCAUCGACGUCGACCGUACCGUCGACAUCUUCCAGUCUCAAGGCAUGAUUCAGCAGGCAACCGCGUUCCUGCUUGAUGUCCUCUCGGCCAACAAGCCUGAGCAGGGACAUCUGCAGACUCGCUUGCUGGAGAUGAACUUGAUGAAUGCUCCUCAGGUUGCAGAUGCUAUUCUUGGCAACGAAAUGUUCUCAUACUACGACAAAGCGCGCGUUGCCCAGUUGUGCGAGAAUGCCGGUCUACUGACGAGAGCUCUGGAGCAUUACGAAGAUCCGGCGAGCAUCAAGCGCUGCAUUGUCCAGACGGACAAGAUCCCUCCCGAAUUUCUACAGAAUUACUUUGGACGCCUUACUGUCGACCUUGCCCUCGAGUGUUUGGACGAAAUGUUGAAGGUGAACAUCCGCCAGAACCUUCAGGUGAGUAACAGCGUAAAGCAUGAACAAACAUCUGAUAAACUUGCUAAUCUUUUCCGCUUUUUUCUCUCAAGGCUGUUGUGGAUAUUUCGAAGAAGUAUUCCGACCUUUUCGGACCCAAUCGUAUUAUCGACCUUCUGGAGAAGUACCGCACAGCCGAAGGUCUCUACUUCUAUCUCGGCGGCAUUGUCAACCUCAGCGAAGACAAGGAAGUCACAUUCAAGUACAUCGAGGCCGCCACGACCAUGGGCCAGCUUCAAGAAGUCGAGCGUAUUUGCCGAGAGAGCAGUAAGUAUCCCCUUUCCCCAACGCGGGCCUCAUGUGCUGCAGUUCAAUUCCUCAGCAUCUCCGCGAGCCUUUCAAACGCUAUGCGACCCUAUGGGAAAUGAAACAGCUAUGAAGGUCCUGGCUGGGUGGGAUUGGCCUUGCAACUUUGUACAACUGCUGACUUCUUCGAAGACCACUACGAUCCGGAGAAGGUGAAGAACUUCCUGAAGGAAGCGCACCUCACCGAACAGCUUCCCUUGAUAAUUGUUUGCGACCGAUUCAACUUCGUCCACGACUUGGUUCUGUACCUGUACAAGAAUCAGCAGUUCAAGUCGAUUGAAGUAUAUGUACGUUAAACAAAGCACCGGAGCUGAUCGUUACCAGAGACACUUGCUGACCUCGCCCUUCGCUUCAGGUCCAAAGAGUCAAUCCUGCAAGAACUCCUGGCGUUAUCGGCGGUCUCUUGGACGUCGAUUGCGAAGAAAGUAUCAUUAAGGGCCUUCUCAACUCUGUCUCGCCGCAGAGCAUUCCGAUUGAUGAGUUGGUGUCCGAAGUCGAGUCCCGCAACCGCUUGAAGCUCCUGCUUCCAUUCCUGGAGCAGACUCUGGCUGCUGGCAACCAGCAACAGGCUGUUUACAAUGCUCUCGCGAAGAUUUACAUCGACAGCAACAACAACCCGGAGAAGUUCUUGAAAGAGAAUGACCAGUACGACACGCUUUCCAUCGGCAAAUACUGCGAAAAGAGGGAUCCAAAUCUGGCAUUCAUCGCCUACAGCAAGGGUCAAAAUGACAUUGAGCUGAUCAAUAUCACGAACGAGAACGCCAUGUUCAGAGCGCAGGCGCGCUAUCUGCUUGAACGUGGCGAUGCGGAAGUGUGGUCCUACGUUCUCUCCGAGAACAACAUCCAUCGUCGCUCACUUGUGGAUCAAGUCAUUGCCGUUGCAGUCGUAAGUCCAUUUGAGAACAAAAGCUUCGCUGCACUGAAGAGUCGCUGACACUAGUGCUUUAGCCUGAAGCCACAGAUCCUGAGCGCGUGUCAAUUGCAGUCAAGGCGUUCAUCGACGCAGAUAUGCCGAUUGAGUUGAUUGAGCUCCUUGAGAAAAUCCUGCUGGAGCCGUCAACUUUCAGCGACAAUGCUAAUCUGCAGAACCUCCUUAUGCUCACGGCUGCCAAGUCGGACAGGGGCCGCGUGGCAGGAUAUAUCCAAUCACUCGACAACUACAGCCCCGAUGACAUCGCUCAGCAAUGCAUCGAGGUUGGCAUGUAUGAAGAGGCUUUCCUCAUCUACAAGAAAGCCAACGACCACAGCCAGGCCGCCACAGUGUUGGUUGAUCACGUUGUCAGCAUCGACCGUGCCCAGGAAUACGCCGAUCAGGUUGACCUUCCUGAGGUUUGGAGUAAGGUCGGCAAGGCUCAGUUGGAUGGUCUCCGUGUGAGUGACUCGAUUGAGUCGUAUAUUCGGGCCCAGGAUCCCUCAAACUAUGCCGAAGUAAUCGAGAUUGCCACGCACGCUGGCAAGGACGAAGACCUCAUCAAGUUCCUGCGCAUGGCUCGCAAGACUCUUCGCGAGCCUCCCAUCGACACUGCCCUUGCCUUCUGCUACGCACGUACGAACCAACUUCCUGAGCUGGAGGAGUUCCUUCGCGCUUCCAACGUGGCAAACAUCGAAGAGUCCGGUGACAAAGCCUAUGCCGAGGGAUACCAUGAAGCAGCGAAGAUCUUCUUCACCUCUAUUUCAAAUUGGGCCAAGCUUGCCACAACCCUCGUGCACCUCGAAGACUACCAGGCGGCUGUUGAAUGUGCUCGGAAAGCCAACAGUGUCAAAGUCUGGAAGCAGGUUAACGAAGCUUGUGUUGCCAAGAAGGAAUUCCGUCUUGCCCAGAUUUGCGGUCUCAAUCUCAUUGUACAUGCCGAAGAGCUCACGGACCUGGUCAAGCAAUACGAGCGAAACGGAUACUUUGACGAGCUCAUCUCCCUCUUAGAGGCUGGUCUCGGACUCGAGCGAGGUAAGUUGCGUGCAUAAAUACGUGGCAAAUUGAACAGAUGCUAAUAGUUCGCUCCUAGCUCACAUGGGUAUGUUUACCGAGCUCGGUAUUGCCCUCAGCAAGUAUCAUCCCGACCGUGUCAUGGAGCACCUGCGCAUCUUCUGGGGAAGGAUCAACAUCCCAAAGAUGAUUCGAGCCUGCGAGGAAGCUCACCUCUGGCCCGAGCUUGUCUUCCUCUACGCCCACUACGAUGAGUACGACAACGCCGCGCUGGCCAUGAUGGAGCGUGCGGCCGAUGCUUGGGAGCACCACACAUUCAAGGACACCGUCGUCAAAGUCAGCAAUCUGGAGAUUUACUACAGAGCCCUCAAUUUCUACCUGCAGGAGCAGCCAUCUCUUCUCACAGAUCUGCUGCAGGCUCUCACACCACGCAUCGACGUCAACCGUGUCGUCCGCAUGUUCGAGAAGUCGGACAACAUCCCACUCAUCAAGCCAUUCCUUUUGAAUGUCCAGUCGCAAAACAAGCGUGCUGUAAAUGACGCGAUCAACGAUUUAUUGAUCGAGGAAGAGGACUACAAGCAACUGAGAGACAGUGUUGAGAACUUUGACAACUACGAGGCUGUGGCUCUAGCGCAGCGGCUGGAGAAGCACGACCUUGUCUUCUUCAGACAGAUUGCGGCGAACAUCUACCGCAAGAACAAGCGCUGGGACAAGUCGAUCCAGCUCUCCAAGCAAGACAAGCUGUACAAGGACGCCAUUGAAACAUCUGCGAUUUCUAACAAGACAGAAGUCGUCGAGGAACUCAUCCGAUACUUCGUCGACAUCGGUAGCAAAGAGUGCUAUGUGGGCAUGCUUUACGCUUGCUACGACCUCAUCCCGCUGCACACUAUCAUGGAAAUCUCUUGGCGUCACGGUCUGAACGACUUCACCAUGCCGUUCAUGAUCAACUACAUGUCCCAGCAGGCGGCAACUAUCUCUGAGCUCAAGAAGGACAAUGAUGAGCGCAAGGCUCGGGAGACUGCAGAUAAGAAGGACGACGGAGAACAAGGACCCAUCCUAGGUCAGAGUAGACUACUGCUCACACAAGGUAUAUAACCCAAGACUCUGCUGAGGAAGAUAAGCAUACUGAUCACACGUCUACAGGCCCUAUUCAAAAUGCGCAAUCGCCAGCGCCAUAUGGCCAACCAAACGGCAUCAUGCCUCAGCCAACUGGUUACGGUGGUAUGGUGGGUGCGCCGGUUGCGGGUGGUAUGGUUGGAGGGUUCCGAUAA